AUGGAGGGAGGGGAGGGAUACUGUGUAUUUCACUGCCUGAGGGGAGACAGAGUGCCUGUGUGUGCUUUGUUUGGGUUGCACCAUUAGCAAAAAUGGAACUGGGGGACCGGGGGAUUGGAAGGUACAGUAGUGUAUUCAUACCCUGGUCCCAGAUCGGUUUGGGUUGUAUAGCAAACUCCUAUGGUUAUUAUCAUGCUAAAGUCAUAGGAGUUGGCAAGACAGCACAAACUGAUCUGGGACUGGGCUAGUGUGUUCGUGCCAUUGGUUGAGACUGAAGUGGACGGGGUUUGGUUAGGGAGCGGGUCACUGUAUGGAGGGGGUCUUGUACUGUAUGUUAUGGGUCCAAUGACAAUGUAACUAUCUGCAUUAUGAAUCAGCUACUUGUAACUAAAUAUGUGAUUGAUUAAAUAAAUAAAGAACUUGGAACAAUCUGAACCAAAAGAGGCGUCAUUGGGUUGUGUCAUCAUUAGAAUCACUCAUAGCAUCGAUGUCUAAAGAUGGUGACAUGCAUGUUUAUCUUGAAAAGAUAAGCGAAAUUAGAUACUGACCACUACACAUGAAACAUAAAAGAAUAGCUAGAUAGUCAUGGUGUCCAUUUUAUACCUAAAAUACAGCUCCUGAGAGAAUAAGUUGCAGAACACUGCAACAUUUGACCUAGUGACUAAAUCUUAGGGAUAAAAGACAAGAAAACAUAUAAUGUAUGCCUAUAUCAUAAACUUUAUUUUCUUGUUGUGUUGUGCCUAUCAUCUGAAUUUGAGAUCCAGUAUUGUGUGGUGAGUCUGUGCUGGUGAUCCCCCUCAGCGUGAGCUGCUGCUGAGCUGGGUGAAGUACUGGGCCGUGGGCCGGUUGGUGUACAGCUGCUUGGCCAGGUACUGCUGACUGGUGGAGACAAGAUGGUUCAAAUACACUGUCACAGUCUGUUUUACAAUAAAACUGUCUCUCUUUUUAUGUGAAAACUCAGACUUUCAAUUCUUUCACCAUGUACGGUAUCUCUUUGUACUUUGACAGUAACGUGUUUGUGUGUCUCUGUUGUGUAUGUUUAUGUGGCAAGAUAUCUCUCACCAAGUAUCAAAUCAAAUCAAAUUGUAUUUGCCACAUGCACCGAAUACAACAGGUGUAGACAUUACCGUGAAAUACUUACUUACAGCCCUUACCCAACAAUGCAUUUAUUUUUUUAUAAAAAAGUAAAAUAAAACAACAACAAAAAAGUGUUGAGAAAAAAAGAGCAGAAGUGAAAUAAAAUAACAGUAGGGAGGCUAUAUACAGGGGGGUAUCAGUGCAGAGUCAAUGUGCGGGGGCACCGGCUAGUUGAGGUAGAUUAGGUAAUAUGUACAUGUGGGUAGAGUUAAAGUGACUAUGCAUAAAUAAUUAACAGAGUAGCAGCAGCGUAAAAAGAUGGGGUGGGGGGGCAGUGCAAAUAGUCUGGGUAGCCAUGAUUAGCUGUUCAGGAGUCUUAUGGCUUGGGGGUAGAAGCUGUUGAGCAGCCUUAGGGACCUAGACUUGGUGCUCCGGUACCGCUUGCCAUGCGGUAGCAGAGAGAACAGUCUAUGACUAGGGUGGCUGGAGUCUUUGACAAUUUUGAGGGCCUUCCUCUGACACCGCCUGGUAUAGAGGUCCUGGAUGGCAGGAAGCUUGGCCCCAGUGAUGUACUGGGCUGUACGCACUACCCUCUGUAGUGCCUUGCGGUCGGAGGCCGAGCAGUUGCCAUACCAGGCGGUGAUGCAACCAGUCAGGAUGCUCUCGAAGAAAGAAUGUAAGGAGUGAAGUGUCUCAGUGUGGUUGCGUUCUAUGCUUACUGUUUGCGCUGCUCUCUGGCCAGCUGUUCGUCGUAUCGGUCAAUCUCAAUCCUCCUCCUUCUGCAGCUCCAUUGCUCUCCUCUCCUCCUCUUCGCCAUGUCUGGUCUGCUCCAUGCAUUGGAAGUCCCAGGCAGCGUCUCUCUGCUUUUCGCUCUCCCUUAGUCUCUAAAAUGUCAUUUGGGAAAACAGGAGAAAUAUGAGAAAGGGUGAAGAUCCAAGGAGUUCAUGAUGAGAACUGUAGAUGAAUCAACAAUGAUGAUUGUUUUAUCUUUAUGGUUGUGAGAUAGACAAUCUUAUCUCUAUGGUUGUGAGACAGACAAUCGUAUCUCUAUGGUUGUGAGACAGACAAUCUUAUCUCUAUGGUUGUGAGAUAGACAAUCUUAUCUCUAUGGUUGUGAAAUAGACAAUCUUAUCUCUAUGGUUGUGAGACAAUCUUAUUUCUUUGAUCACAACAAUCAAUAGAACCUCUAUGAAUGUGCUCUCUUUGAGCUGCAUGCUAAUUUUGAACUGAUUUUACUAUAUAUAUAUAUAUGUGUCAAUUAAAGAUUUGCACUAAAAUUAAAGUAAACGUUUACAGGUAGCCAAGGUUCUCAGUACCUCUCUCUCUAGACCAGGGGUGUCAAACUCAUUUUAGCUCAGGGGCCACAUGGAGGAAAAUCUAUUCCCAAGUGGGCCGGACCGGUAAAAUCAUGGUAUAUAUAACUUAAAAACAACAACUUCAGAUUGUUUUCUUUGUUUUAAUACUAUCAACAUAAAACAUAAAGCUGGAGCCUGAGGACAGUGUGUCCAAAAUAGUACAAGCACAACAUCACUAUUAAUCAUAAAACACCUCAAGUUUAUUUGAAAAUUCUAAAGAAAAAGAACACACAAACACACAAUGCCUCAGUGAUUCACAGAACUGUUUCACAGAUCACAGAACUAUAUCAGGGUGUCAUUUCUCAGGCAGAAAUGUAGAUACAAAUAAUGAAAUCCUGUUCCCCAAACAAGUGCAAGAACCACAGAGUCAAGAAUAGGUUAAAUAUACAAAUCAAUUAAAAUCAAUUAAAAACAAUAGCACAUCAACAUAAAAACAUAUAAACAUAAAGCUGGAGCCUGAGGACAGUGUGUCCAACAGCACAACAUCACUAUUAAUCAUAAAACACCUCAAGUUAUUUGAAAUUCUGAGGACAAACAACACACAAUGCCUCAGUGAUUCACAGAAGUAUAUCACAGAUCACAGAACUAUAUCAGGGUGUCUCAUGCAGCACUUUAAGUGGGGUUGCAUAGUUUAUUUGACUCCUGAUACCUGGCAUCUUUUAGCUUUCACCAGCGCAUCAAUAUCAGGCGUCACAUCCUGAGUGGCAGCCAACUUCAGGAUGUGAUUCAAGUGCUUGUGCGUGAGCCUUGAGCGCAGCUUUGUUUUAUUUAUGCUCAUUACAGAGAACUUGCUCACAAAGAUAUGUGGUUCCAAACAUGCACAACAGUUUUGCAGCGAGGGCUGUCAAGUUGGGGUAACCUGGCAAGAGAUUCUGAUAAAAUGUGUCCAAGCCAGCUGCAGCAAAUUUGCCCUUCAAAUCCGAGUCACACUGCAAGUCUAUUAUUUCAAGUUGGAUGCUGACGGGCAGAUCAGAGGGAUUCACGGUUAAUGGCGAACAAAAAACGUUGAAGUCUUUCUCCAGUUCACCAAAAAUCUGAAAGCGUUGCUCAAACUCCCUUAACAGUCCCGUUAUUUUAUCUUUGAACCGCUUCAUGUCUGCCACAUGUUGGGUCGCGCACACAUUUUUCAGACAGGGGAAGUGAGCUGCAUCACCACCGGCGAGUUGCGUCUCCCACAAUGACAGCUUCAACUUGAAAGAACGUAUGCUGUCAUAAUACUGCGUGGCAACUUUGUUGCACCCUUGCAGCUGUUUGUUCAAGUUAUUCAGGUGCAUUGUAACAUCCACCAUAAAUGCAAGGUCCUGCAUCCAUUCUGCGGAAUGAAAUUCUAACACUGGUUUGCCCUUUUCUUCCAUGAACUGUUCAAUUUCUUCUCGAAAAUCAAAGAAACGCCUCAGCACAGCACCUCGGCUUAACCAUCUUACCUCAGUGUGGUAUGGCAGGCCAUAGAUGUGGUCUUUCUCUCUGAGAAGGCUGUCAAACUGACGUUGAUUCAGGCUUCUGGAUCGGAUGAAAUUAACAGUUUGGAUAAUAUAAUAAUAAUAAUAUAAUAAUAAUAUAAUAUAAUAAUAUAAUAAUAAUAUAAUAAAAAUAAUAACCACCUUCAUGACGUUAUCCAUCUUUAAUGACUUGCAACACAAAGCCUCCUGGUGCAAAAUACAGUGAAAAGUCCAAAAAUCACGUCCUCCAUUUGCAGAUUGCACUUUCUCUCUGAACUUUGUCACAACGCCUGCUUUUUUCCCGAUCAUUGAGGGCGCACCAUCUGUAGCCAGGCUGACAGCGCGGGACCAGUCCACUCCGACCCUGUCCAGCGCGCUGACGAGUGCAGUGAAAAUAUCAUCUGUCAUCGGCACCAACUCCACGGUCAAUGUGUCAUCAACUCUGCGGAUGAAAAUGGCCAGUUGUGCAACAUCUGUAAUGUCCGUGCUUUCAUCAAUUGCAACCGAAAACGCAAUAAAUUACUUUACUUUUUGCUUCAACUGGCUGUCCAAAUCCACUGAAAGAUCGGAAAUCCUGUCUGCAACUGUGUUUCUUGUCAGGCUGAUAUUUGCAAAAGCCUGGUGCUUUUCAGGGCACACAAUCUCCGCUGCCUUCAUCAUGCAUGUUUUUACAAAUUCACCCUCACUAAAUGGUUUUGAAGCCACUGCGAUUUCAUUAGCAAUGAGGUAGCUAGCUUUCACUGCAGCGUCACUGAUGUCUCGGCUGUGAGUAAACACAGACUGCUGUUUCUUCAGACCCGCCAACAGUUCAUUCACCUUCUCUCUUCUCCGCUGUCCUUGAAAGUUGUCAUAUUUGUCGGCAUGAAGACUCACAUAGUGGCGACGAAGGUUAUAUUCUUUCAGCACUGCAACAUGCUGUGAACACACCAAACAUACAGCUUUCCCAUUCAAUUCCGUGAAUAAAUAGAAGGAUGACAAUUUUUCUUGGAACACUCUGCACUCUGCGUCCACUUUUCUCUUUUUUGACAGAGACAUAUUGGGGCAAUGAGGGUGCAAAGCACAUAAUGUUAAAAGUAGAAGCCGUAAUAAAUAUCGCGGGCAAAACAAAGUAGCUCAUCCGGAUUGGCUGCACUUGCUUGACCUAUUUGCUCUGCCCCGGUAUAAACAGUUUGCUUGCUUAACACAAUUGCUAUUGCGCUAUCCAGUGGACACAAUUGGAACAGCAGUUUCUUUUAUUGAAAAAUUGCAGCUCAUUUUUAUACUUUACAAAAUCAUCUCGCGGGCCGGAUUAAACCCGUUUGCGGGCCUGAUCCGGCCCGCGGGCCGGACGUUUGACUCCCCUGCUCUAGACGCUGUUUCUCUCUCUGCCUGCGGAUGGCGCUCAGCUGCUCUGGGCUAAUUUCUCCCCCUGUCCGUCAGAACCCUGGGCCUGCCCCCCGGUCCCCCGGCUCCACCCCCUUCUCUCUCUGCAACCUCGGGAAAACUCUGUCAGGAUGUCUGACGUGCCACACCUCCACCAUCUCCUCGCCCUCCUUCCUCUCUCCUCUGCCCGCUCUGCAGCCUUUGAAUGUGGGUCAAAGAAGGGAUAGAGUUUCAAGUUUUAAUGUCACAUGCACAAGUACAGUGAAAUGCCUUUCUUUCAAACUCAAAACCCAACAAUGCAGUAAUCAAUAACAAUGUAUUAGUAGAAAAAAACACAUCAGAUCAAGGGUCAGGGGUUAGUUAGACCAAAGGGGUCAAGGACCUCCAAACAGACGGCAGACCUCCCUCUAGGGAUUGUCCUGAGGAGUAGGUCAAAGUUUCCCCUUAUCCAUCGACACAGGGCCAGGUUAACAUGUUCUCUUCUCCCUUACUUUUUUGAGGUAAUGUGUAGUCUGACUUUAGAUUUGUCAUUACGAGCAAUUUUUACCUCGAGCAAGGGUCAGCCAUAGACUCGUAAUCAGACUGACCGCUCUGAUAAAAUGUUGUUUCACUUUAGUGAAACAGAAUGUCAGCUCACAAGAUCAGGCUGGUUGAACCUCCUAAGUCAAGAGACCUGCAAAAAGGGCUCUGGAGAUAUCUCUGUCUGAACCACAAUGUCUGUGUCUGUAGUGCAACAAAGCUAAUGAGCAUAAUGGGUAAUUAACAGAAACCACAUAAUUGACAUGAAAAACAGCGUGACCAUAAGCAUUUAUAAUGAUGCUUCCCACUGGGAUGAAUCUAUUCAUACCAAGUCAGUCAGGCAAAUGAGACGAGGGGAAAAGCUUUUAUAAAAGGAGACUCACUCUGCCCACGCAUAAUGUGUGUGUGUGUGUGUGCGCAUCUAAUGUGCUCGCCAUCUCCCCUGAGUGAGUGUGUACGGCAUCGUUUAAUUUCUUCAAUGCGUUUUGUAAUUAAAAUAAAAAACCCUGUCCGAGUACACACCAUGUCACGGCUCACAGUCUCACCAGACUGGCUUCCCGAUGUGCAUCCUAGGCUGGUGUGUGUGUGUUAGAGUGUAUGUGUGUGUGUGUGUACAUGAGCGUGUAAGUAGUUGUUGAGUGCGAUGUGGGCAGCCCUCUGUGUAUGUGUGUGUAUGUGUGUGUGUGUAUUUACCUGAAUAUGGUAGUAGUUAUUGAGUGCGAUGUGGCCAGCCCUCUUCCACUCCUCUUCCAGUGUCUAACUGAACAGUCCUACUCUUCUCAUUGUCUCCAAUGCUUUCUUCUCCCUGAGCACAGCAUAUGCACAGACAUACAGUAUGUCCAUAUAACACACCGUCAGCAAACAGGCUAGGUCAGACUCAAACCAGUGCCGUGUAUAUGGUUCUUGGUCAAAUGCUUUAAAAUGAAAAAGUAAUCCCAAAUCUAGGUCAGGAGAUAUGACUUCACUUCUAUAGCGUCUCUUCUAAUCUACAGAAUAACUGUGUGAGAAAUGGAUUAUUCAUUAAUUCCAACAUAUUUCCCGAUUUCCCUUAAGACUUUGAUAUCUUGUGUCAUCAGGGUUGGGACAUAACUGAUUCAAUGUAAUCAGUUACAUGUAAUCUGAUUACCAAAAAACUCUAACAUAAAAAAUAUCGUAAUCAGAUUACAGAUACUUUUGAAAAAGUAGAUCAUUACUUAAUGGGUGACUUUUAAAUUCAGAAAUGAUGUUUGCGGGGGAAAAAAAAUACAUGAUGACACCUUUCCGUUUUCUCAAUGACAUUCAAUUCAGCAUUACAUUUAGAAAGUAACCUACCCAACCCUGAGUGUCAUCUCUCAUACCUGGGACACUUGCAUACUGGCAGGUCCCAUCUCAGACUCUGGGAUGGGAAUGGACAACAUGAGCUCCCCCUGCCGGUCAACAUUGAGAUCAGCAUCCCGGUUGUCUUCUGCCCGCUGUCGGAUGGCCCAGUUCAACUCUGCUGUUCUCUCCUCUUCCUCCUGCUGGUGUUGCAUCAGCACUUAUUCUUGAGUCACUCUCAACAUACAGUACCAGUCAAAAGUUUGGACACACCUACUCAUUCAAGGGUUUUUUAUGAAAGAACACAUAUGGAAUCAUGUAGUAAACAAAAAAGUGUUAAACAAAUCAAAAUAUAUUUUAUAUUUGAGAUUCUUCAAAGUAGCCACCCUUUGCCUUGAUGACAGCUUUGCUCACUCUUGGCAUUCUCUCAACCAGCUUCACCUGGAAUGCUUUUCCAACAGUCUUGAAGGAGUUCCCACAUAUGCUGAGCACUUGUUGGCUGCUUUUCCUUCACUCUGCGGUCCAACUCAUCCCAAACCAUCUCAAUUGGGUUGAGGUCGGGGGAUUGUGGAGGCCAGGUCAUCUGACACAGCACUCCAUCACUCUCCUUCUUGGUCAAAUAGCCCUUACACAGCCUGGAGGUGUGUUGGGUCAUUGUCCUGUUGAAAAACAAAUGAUAGUCCCACUAAGCCCAAACCAGAUGGGAUGGCGUAUCACUGCAGAAUGCUGUGGUAGCCAUGCUGGUUAAGUGUGCCUUGAAUUCUAAAUAAAUCACAGACAGUGUCACCAGCAAAACACCCCCACACCAUCACACCUCCUCCUCAAUGUGUCACGGUGGGAACUACACAUGCGGAGAUCAUCCGUUCACCUACACUGCGUCUCACAAAGACACAGCGGUUUGGAACUCCAAUUUGGCCCAAGCAGGUCACUUCUUAUUGGUGUCCUUUAGUAGUGGUUCCUUUGCAGCAAUUUGACCAUGAAGGCCUGAUUCACGCAGUCUCCUCUGAACAGUUGAUGUUGAGAUGUGUCUGUUACUUGAACUCUGUGAAGCACUUAUUUGGGCUGCAAUUUCUGAGGCUGGUAACUCUAAUAAUGAACUUAUCCUCUGCAGCAGAGAUAUCUCUGGCUCUUCCUUUCCUGUGGCGGUCGUCAUGAGAGCCAGUUUCAUCAUAGUGCUUGAUGGUUUUUGCGACUGCACUUGAAGAAACUUUCAAAGUUCUUGAACUUUUCCAGAUUGACUGACCUUCAUGUCUUAAAGUAAUGAUGGACUGUCGUUUCUCUUUGAUUAUUUGAGCUGUUCUUGCCAUAACAUGGACUUGGUCUUUUACCCUGGAAUGAGUAGGUGUGUCCAAACUUUUGACUGGUACUGUAUUGGAAAAGAUAAAUAAAUGGGAUCCAUUAUUGUAAAUAAAAGCUGGUUCUUCUGUCUACAGUAGCAGUGCAUGGGUAAAAUCACCAUGGAAGCCAAUCCAGGAAGAAAAAAAAGCCAUAUUAAAACCUGUGUUGUAAUAAUUGCACUGUUUGAUCUAUAACCUGUUAGUUCAUAUGCCUUGACACCGUGAUAUAUAGGCCUAAGGCCGAGACAAUAAGAAGACACAGUGGCAGAAUAAAUUCAACCACACAUUUGUUUCAUCACAAAACCAGAGAGCAACAUCAGUCCAGUGAAGUCCACAAAACAUAUUGCAUGCAACAAACAGUUACAUGACCUAAAGCAUGGUCAAGCAAGGUAAUGUUUCUGACAUUUUCGGACUACUAAACAACCUUUGAUUUAGAACCACGGAGAGUUACCGCAAGUUGCAAAGAAAACAGGAGCUGCCACCACUAUUCCAGCAACAUUUCAACUUCUACAUUGCAACAUCAUCAAAUCACCUCUGUUUAGUCUAAUACAGUGACAACUAAAAGAUUCCAAAAACAAUUUAGUCCAUUCAACGUAAGCUAAAUAUGAUGUGGCUGUCCAUGGUACUGAUUUCUGUAUUUGAAUGUGUGUGUGUGUGCAAGUAUAAAAAACAUGUUGACUCAUCUUACUUGUAGAGAAAUGCCGAUGCCAUCCUCCUCUUUCAUGUUGCCUAAACGGUCUAUGACUCUGUCAUACAGUACAUGCUUGUAGUUUUUGUUGUCCUAGGCUACCUGGCUAAAAUAGUUGCUCGCUAGCCUAACUUCCUUUCAUGGGCAACGAUGCGCCAGGCCAGCUAGUUAACAUUAGCAUACUACAUCUAACUGCAUGUUGAACUUCCAUCCUCUCAGGCUACUAUAUACAUUCUCCCUACAGUUUUGAACCGGGCUGUUGGUGGCAGAAAAGUUAAACAAAACAGUUAUUUGGUUGCUUUGGCAUUUAAACCUUCUAACAUGAUUGCGGUCUAAUAUCAGUUUCACUGUAAUAAUUGUAUUUAUGGAAUGUGCGAAAUAAACAUAAACGCUUUAAGUUUAUUAUGGGAUUUGGAUAAAUUGUAGCAGCAACAUCUCGCGAGAAGUUCACUUACGCGCGCUCAGUGGUCACCAGUCCUGCAGUAGGACUGUAAAAUGGUGCAUUCGAACAUUUUGAAAGCUAGAUAAUGUAACUUUUGAUUAUUUGUAACACAUAUUUACAAUUUGCGUGCAUGGUACGAGUUCAAUAACUAGCUAGCUAGCUAGCAUUAGCAACAUUAGCUGCUAGCACAACAACACAGAUUCCUUGUUUUCGCACAAGAGAUCUGAUCAUAAUGGGUUAUUUGAAGCUAAUAGAGAUCGAAAACUUCAAAUCUUACAAGGGCAGGCAAAUCAUCGGCCCCUUUCACAAGUUCACCGCGAUUAUUGGACCCAAUGGAUCCGGUAAGUGAUGGUCAAUAUUGCAAGUAUUCUAGCUAGCUAAUGCUUACUUUACUGCCGGGUUGACUAUUUGCUACAUUUUUCAAGCUGCAAUGCAUCAAUAAUACUUGUUACUUUGUUGACAAAGACAUCAAUGUACAUGCAUAUUAAUUAAUAUUAGCUACAUGUUUUAGCUAUAACUGUAGUUAGCCACGCCUCCAUAAUGUUUAGCUGGCAAGCUAUCAAUGGCCUAGUUCGUUUUGCAUGGCCCGGUGCACCGGGUGGUGGAGAGUUCAGCACCAAUGAAAUGGUCUACAAUGUGUAAACUCCGCUCACCCGGUGCACCGGCCCACACAAAACGGACUCGCCCUACACAUUUCCUUCCCUGCCAGUCACGCAGUCAAUGGGAACAAAUAAAUGAGACCUCACAUGCAUAAACAUUAGAUCAAUACUUUUAUUAUGUAGUCUUAACCUAGCCAGCUAGUUACGUCCUUUUCCAAAGAAACCAUAUUUGCAAGACUUGAGUAGUUCAUUCACUGACUCCAUUCCCAUUCAUAUUCUCUACAUCCCAGGCAAGUCCAACCUCAUGGACGCCAUCAGCUUUGUGCUGGCUGAGAAGACCAGUAACCUGCGUGUGAAGACUCUGAAGGACCUGAUCCACGGAGCGCCCGUGGGGAAGCCAGCAGCCAACAGAGCGUUUGUGAGCAUGGUGUACCAUGAGGACAGUGGAGAAGAGCGCACCUUCACCAGAAUCAUAAUUGGUAUACCAUGGCAGUCCCCACUGACUUUCUCCACACAGAUCCAUUGGUAGAGAUAAACUGUGUGGUUAAUAUGACACCUAAGUCAAUUUUGUCUGGUCCUCUUUGAAGAUGUGUUUAUAUAUCUGAUGGAGCAAACAAGGUUGAUAUGCACAACCCAAACUUAAGAACUAGUGCUGGUCAAAAAUAUACUGUAGAUAAAGUAAGGAUCUGCAUCAGUCUGAUGGCCAUAACAACCAUCUUCCAUGUUGUCUGUGUGUGUCAGGCUCCUCCUCAGAGUACCGAAUCAACAGUAAGGUGGGGUGUCUGGCUGAGGACAGUGAAGAGCUUAGGACACACAAAGUAAUACAGAUAACAUUGGUUUUAUCCCCUUUCUCUACACGUCUUAGGCUCAUCGUCAGAGUACCGAAUCAACAGUAAGGUGGUGAAUCUGGCAGAGUACAGCGAGGAGCUGGAGAAACUAGGCAUCCUCAUCAAGGCCAGGAACUUCCUUGUCUUCCAGGUGAGAACUCUCUCACACACACACACACAUACACACAGUAAUAUAGAACUCUAGAUACUGUUUGUCCAUAGACCUCUCUUACCCUAUGUACGACAGUGCUAGUAACCUCUGACCUCUAUUUAUUCCCCAAUCAGGGUGCUGUGGAGUCCAUAGCCAUGAAGAACCCUAAGGAGCGUACAGCUCUGUUUGAGGAGAUCUCCCGGUCUGGGGAGUUGGCUCAGGAGUACGACCGCAGGAAGAAAGAGAUGGUGAAGGCUGAGGAGGACACACAGUUCAACUACCACCGCAAGAAAAACAUAGCUGCCGAACGCAAAGAGGCCAAGCAAGAGAAAGAGGAGGUAUGGAGGACACAGCCUGUCUGAUGGCACCGCACCCUUCUCUUUCUCUCUCAUAAGUUGUCAACCUCUCCCCCUUCACUCACAUUUUAAUCUUCUGGUGGGACUUUGAGAAUGAGAUUGUUAGACUGACAUACUCCCAUCCCUUCCUCCAUACAGUGAGGGGAAAAAAGUAUUUGAUUCCCUGCUGAUUUUGUACGUUUGCCCACUGACAAAGACAUGAUCAGUCUAUAAUUUUAAUGGUAGGUUUAUUUGAAUAGUGAGAGACAGAAUAACAACAAAAAAAUCCAAAAAACGCAAGUCAAAAAUGUUAUAAAUUGAUUUGCAUUUUAAUGAGGGAAAUAAGUAUUUGACCCCUCUGCAAAACAUGACUUAGUACCUGGUGGCAAAACCCUUGUUGGCAAUCACAGAGGUUAGACGUUUCUUGUAGUUGGCCACCAGGUUUGCACACAUCUCAGGAGGGAUUUUGUCCCACUCCUCUUUGCAGAUCUUCUCCAAGUCAUUAAGGUUUCGAGGCUGACGUUUGGCAACUCGAACCUUCAGCUCCCUCCACAGAUUUUUCUAUGGGAUUAAGGUCUGGAGACUGGCUAGGCCACUCCUUUGUUGCCUUAGCCGUGUGUUUUGGGUCAUUGUCAUGCUGGAAUACCCAUCCACGACCCAUUUUCAAUGCCCUGGCUGAGGGAAGGAGGUUCUCACCCAAGAUUUGACGGUACAUGGCGCCGUCCAUCAUCCCUUUGAUGCGGUGAAGUUGUCCUGUCCCCUUAGCAGAAAAACACCCCCAAAGCAUAAUGUUUCCACCUCCAUGUUUGACGGUGGGGAUGGUGUUCUUGGGGUCAUAGGCAGUAUUCCUCCUCCUCCAAACACGGCGAGUUGAGUUGAUGCCAAAGAGCUCGAUUUUGGUCUCAUCUGACCACAACACUUUCACCCAGUUCUCCUCUGAAUCAUUCAGAUGUUCAUUGGCAAACUUCAGACGGGCCUGUAUAUGUGCUUUCUUGAGCAGGGGGACCUUGCGGGCGCUGCAGGAUUUCAGUCCUUCACGGUGUAGUGUGUUACCAAUUGUUUUCUUGGUGACUAUGGUCCCAGCUGACUUGAGAUCAUUGACAAGAUCCUCCCGUGUAGUUCUGGGCUGAUUCCUCACCGUUCUCAUGAUCAUUGCAACUCCACGAGGUGAGAUCUUGUAUGGAGCCCCAGGCCGAGGGAGAUUAACAGUCUUUUGUGUUCCUUCCAUUUGCGAAUAAUCGCACCAACUGUUGUCACCUUCUCACCAAGCUGCUUGGCAAUGGUCUUGUAGCCCAUUCCAGCCUUGUGUAGGUCUACAAUCUUGUCCCUGACAUCCUUGGAGAGCUCUUUGGUCUUGGCCAUGGUGGAGAGUUUGGAAUCUGAUUGAUUGCUUCUGUGGACAGGUAACAAACUGAGAUUAGGAGCACUCCCUUUAAGAGUGUGCUCCUAAUCUCAGCUCGUUACCAGUAUAAAAGACACCUGGGAGCCAGACAUCUUUCUGAUUGAGAGGGGGUCAAAUACUUAUUUCCCUCAUUAAAAUACAAAUCAAUUUAUAACAUUUUUGACAUGCGUUUUUCUGGAUUUUUUUGUUGUUAUUCUGUCUCUCACUGUUCAAAUAAACCUACCAUUAAAAUUAUAGACUGAUCAUUUCUUUGUCAGUGGGCAAACGUACAAAAUCAGCAGGGGAUCAAAUACUUUUUUCCCUCACUGUAUAUAUAGUCCUUUGCUGUGGUUCUUAUGACACACAUUUUGUCACUAUCGUCUGACAUUGAUGAAGCCCAGUUGUUCAAAAUGUUAGUCCUGUGAAAUGGAAUAAACAUGUUCCUUUUUUUUCACCUGAAAAAGGAAGUGCAGGCCUUGUUUUUUUUCUUCUUCAAUACACACACACACACAUUAACUUUCCCCUCUUAAGGCUGAGCGUUACCAGCGUCUGAAGGACGAGGUGGUGAAAGCUCAUGUCCAGAUGCAGCUGUUCAAGCUGUAUCACAAUGAUGCCGAGAUCGAAAAGCUGAAUCGCGAGCUGUCGCAACGCAACAAGGAGAUCGACAAGGACCGCAAGAAGAUGGACCACGUGGAGGAGGAACUGAAGGAGAAGAAGAAAGAGCUGGGACGAAUGAUGAGAGACCAACAGACUGUGGAGAAAGAGAUCAAGUAAGUGGGGAUGAUGUAGGGACGGAUAAAGAGUUGGGGAGGAUGAUGACAGACCAGGGAGUAGGGAGCUAGGGGAAGGAGGGCUAGACUGUGAAGAAGGAGCCUAAGAAUUUGUGGAGAUUUGAUAGGCCAGGUGGAAUAGUUGCCAUUUUGGAAGUUAAACAGGGAAUAUCGUACCCCCCCCCCCCCUCUCUUCCCCCUACAGGGAGAAGGACGCUGAGCUGAACCAAAAGCGACCCCAGUACAUCAAGGCUAAAGAAAACACAUCACACAAGAUCAAAAAACUAGAAGCAGCCAAGAAGUCCCUCCAGAACGCCCAGAAGCUGUACAAGAAGAGGAAGGGGGAUAUGGAUGAGUUGGAGAAAGAACAGGGCGCUGUGGAGAUGGCCCGGCAGGAGUUCGACGACCGAAUGGAGGAGGAGGCACAGAGCCAGGGACAGGACCUCACACUGGAGGAAAAUCAGGUGAGAGACUGGGAGCCUAUGAAGGGUCAUAAGGAUCUACAGUGGGGGAAAAAAGUAUUUAGUAAGCCACCAAUUGUGCAAGUUCUCCCACUUAAAAAGAUGAGAGGCCUGUAAUUUUCAUCAUAGGUACACGUCAACUAUGACAGACAAAUUGAGAUUUUUUUUCUCCAGAAAAUCACUUUGUAGGGUUUUUAAAGAAUUUAUUUGCAAAUUAUGGUGGAAAAUAAGUAUUUGGUCACCUACAAACAAGCAAGAUUUCUGGCUCUCACAGACCUGUAACUUCUUCUUUAAGAGGCUCCUCUGUCCUCCGCUCGUUACUUGUAUUAAUGACACCUGUUUGAACGUGUUAUCAGUAUAAAAGACACCUGUCCACAACCUCAAACAGUCACACUCCAAACUCCACUAUAGCCAAGACCAAAGAGCUGUCAAAGGACACCAGAAACAAAAUUGUAGACCUGCGCCAGGCUGGGAAGACUGAAUCUGCAAUAGGUAAGCAGCUUGGUUUGAAGAAAUCAACUGUGGGAGCAAUUAUUAGGAAAUGGAAGACAUACAAGAUCACUGAUAAUCUCCCUCGAUCUGGGGCUCCACCCAAGAUCUCACCCCGUGGGGUCAAAAUGAUCACAAGAACGGUGAGCAAAAAUCCCAGAACCACACGGGGGGACCUAGUGAAUGACCUGCAGAGAGCUGGGACCAAAGUAACAAAGCCUACCAUCAGUAACACACUACGCCGCCAGGGACUCAAAUCCUGCAGUGCCAGACGUGUCCCCCUGCUUAAGCCAGUACAUGUCCAGGCCCGUCUGAUGUUUGCUAGAGUGCAUUUGGAUGAUCCAGAAGAGGAUUGGGAGAAUGUCAUAUGGUCAGAUGAAACCAAAAUAUAACUUUUUGGUAUAAACUCAACUCGUCAUGUUUGGAGGACAAAGAAUGCUGAGUUGCAUCCAAAGAACACCAUACCUACUGUGAAGCAUGGGGGUGGAAACAUCAUGCUUUGGGGCUGUUUUUCUGCAAAGGGACCAGGACGACUGAUCUGUGUAAAGGAAAGAAUGAAUGUAUCGUGAGAUUUUGAGUGAAAACCUCCUUCCAUCAGCAAGGGCAUUGAAGAUGAAACGUGGCUGGGUCUUUCAGCAUGACAAUGAUCCCAAACACACCGCCCGGGCAACGAAGGAGUGGCUUCGUAAGAAGCAUUUCAAGGUCCUGGAGUGGCCUAGCCAGUCUCCAGAUCUCAAACCCAUAGAAAAUCUUUGGAGGGAGUUGAAAGUCUGUGUUGCCCAGCGACAGCCCCAAAACAUCACCGCUCUAGAGGAGAUCUGCAUGGAGGAAUGGGCCAAAAUACCAGCAACAGUGUGUGAAAACCUUGUGAAGACUUACAGAAAACGUUUGACCUGUGUCAUUGCCAACAAAGGGUAUAUAACAAAGUAUUGAGAAACUUUUGUUAUUGACCAAAUACUUAUUUUCCACCAUAAUUUGCAAAUAAAUUCAUUAAAAAUCCUACAAUGUGAUUUUCUGGACUUUUUUUUCUCAUUUUGCCUGUCAUAGUUGACGUGUACCUAUGAUGAAAAUUACAGGCCUCUCAUCUUUUUAAGUGGGAGAACUUGCACAAUUGGUGGCUGACUAAAUAAUUGUUUUCCCCACUGUAUGUAGCUUCGUUAUGAUCUAUGACGGGUCAUGGGGAGAGAAGCAUGGAGGAGGAGGCCCAGAGCCAGGGACAGGAUCUGGUGUAUGUGACAGUAAAACAUUUUUUUUUUUUUACUCUAGAGGAAAACCAGGUUGGAGCCUACAGUUGAAGUCAGAAGUUUACAUACACUUUAGCCGAAUACAUUUAAACUCAGUUUUUUAAAAUUCCUGACAUUUAAUCCUAGUAAAAAUUCCCUAUCUUAGGUCAGUUAGGAUCACCACUUUAUUUUAAGAAUGUGAAAUGUCAGAAUAAUAGUAGAGAGAAUGAUUUAUUUAAGCUUUUAUUUAUUUCAUCACAUUCCCAGUGGGUCAGAAGUUUACAUACACUCAAUUAGUAUUUGGUAGCAUUGCCUUUAAAUUGUUUAACUUGGGUCAAACGUUUCGGGUAGCCUUCCACAAGCUUCCCACAAUAAGUUGGGGGAAUUUUGGCCCAUUUCUCCUGACAGAGCUGGUUUAGAGUCAGGUUUGUAGGCCUCCUUGCUCGCACACACAUUUUCAGUUCUGCCCACAUUUUCUAUAGGAUUGAGGUCAGGGCUUUGCGAUGGCCACUCCAAAAGGACUUUGUUGUCCUUAUGCCGUUUUGCCACAACUUUGGAAGUAUGCUUGGGGUCAUUGUCCAUUUGGAAGACCCAUUUGCGACCAAGCUUUAACUUCCUGACUGAUGUCUUGAGAUGUUGCUUCAAUAUAUCCACAUAAUUUUCCUUCCUCAUGAUGCCAUCUAUUUUGUGAAGUGCACCAGGCCCUCCUGCAGCAAAGCACCCCCACAGCAUGAUGCUGCCACCCCCGUGCUUCACGGUUGGAAUGGUGUUCUUCGGCUUGCAAGGAUCCCCCUUUUUCCUCCAAACAUAACGAUGGUCAUUAUGGCCAAACAGUUCUAUUUUUGUUUCAUCAGACCAGAGGACAUUUCUCCAAAAAGUACGAUCUUUGUCCCCAUAUGCAGUUGCAAACCGUAGUCUGGCUUUUUUAUGGCGGUUUUGGAGCAGUGGCUUCUUCCUUGCUGAGCGGCCUUUCAGGUUAUGUCGAUAUAGGACUCGUUUUAAUGUGGAUAUAGAUACUUUUGUACCUGAUACCUCCAGCAUCUUCACAAGGUCCUUUGCUGUUGUUCUGGGAUUGAUUUGCACUUUUCGCACCAAAGUACAUUCAUCUCUAGGAGACAGAACGUGUCUCCUUCCUGAGCAGAAUGAUGGCUGCAUGGUCCCAUGGUGUUUAUACUUGCGUACUAUUGUUUGUACAGAUGAACGUGGUACCUUCAGGCGUUUGGAAAUUGCUCCCAAGGAUGAACCAGACUUGUGGAGGUCUACAAUUUUUUUUCUGAGGUCUUGGCUGAUUUCUUUUGAUUUUCCCAUGAUGUCAAGCAAAGAGGCACUGAGUUUGAAGGUAGGCCUUGAAAUACAUCCACAGGUACACCUCCAAUUGACUCAAAUGCCUUCAGUUAGCCUAUCAGAAGCUUCUAAAGCCAUGACAUCCUUUUCUGGAAUUUUCCAAGCUGUUUGAAGGCACAGUCAACUUAGUGUAUGUAAACUUCUGACCCACUGGAAUUGUGAUACAGUGAAUUAUAAGUUAAAUAAUCUGUCUGUAAACAAUUGUUGGAAAAAUUACUUGUGUCAUGCACAAAGUAGAUGUCCUAACCGACUUGCCAAAACUAUAGUUUGUUAAAAAUAAAUUUGUGGAGUGGUUGAAAAACAAGUUUUAAUGACUCCAACCUAAGUGUAUGUAAACUUCCAACUUCAACUGUAGUCUCUAUGAAGGAUCAUAAGGGGGUUAUAGUGACUUAUGUAGGGUCAGAUGGCCAGAUGAGUUUGACGGCUGCAUGAAGGAGGCAUAGAGCCAGGACCUCACACUGGAGGAAAACCAUGUAUGGGAAUGUUGCUGGUUCAAAUCCCAGGUUGGCCAGACUUACUAUCACGCCAAUAAAUAUGGAGGUGAAUUAAGCAAUAAUGCCCGAGGAGGUGUGGUAUAAUUAAGCAGUAAUGCCAGAAGAGGUGUGGUAUAUGGCCAAUAUACCACAGAUAAGGGCUGUUCUUAUGCACGACGCAACGCCAUAUAUCACAAACCCCCGAGGUGCCUUAUUGCUAUUAUAAACUGGUUACCAACGUAAUUAGAGCAGUAAAAAUACAUGUUUUGUCAUACCUGUGGUAUACGGUCUGAUAUACCACGGCUGUCAGCCAAUCAGCAUUCAGGCUCGACCCACCUAGUUUAUAAUGGCCAAUAUACCACCCUUAAGGGCUCUUCUUUGGCAUCACACAAAGCCAUACAACAGUAAACAUGUAGUUUUGCGUGAAACUACCCAGUUUAUAAUAUCUAAUACUCUCCACCUCUUCCUCCUCCUUCCCUCUCCAGGUGAAGGCGUACCACCGUCUGAAGGAGGAGGCCAGUAAGCGGGCGGCCACUCUUGCCCAGGAGCUGGAGAAGUUCAACAGAGACCAGAAGGCAGACCAGGACCGCCUCGACCUGGAAGAGAGAAAGAAAGUGGAGACUGAGGUAAAGGAUGCUGAUACAGAAUAAAGGGUUAUGCUCAUUGGGGCACGCAAUGUUAAAAAAAAGGUAUUGCAACGGAAAAGGUGAAGUAGUGACUAAAGAGAGAUGAACAUUUGAAUAACGUUCAUCUGCAGGCCAAGAUCAAGCAGAAGAUCCGUGAAAUAGAGGAGAACCAGAAGCGUAUUGAGAAGCUAGAGGACUACAUUACCACAAGCAAGCAGUCUCUGGAUGAACAGAAGAGAAUGGAGGAGGAGCUGACUGAGCAGGUGGAGGGGGCCAAGAACAGGAUCGACGAGAUCAACUUGGAACUCAACCAGGUACUGGAACACUAUCUGUCAAUCAUUCAACCAGUCAUUGUUUUAUACUGGAACACAUUGGGAAAGACAAAACAUGUUGUGUUGACAUUACAUGAUAGCUGUAUCACAAAUGCCAAUCUGGAAAAAAACACACAAUCUUAUCAUUUAAUGUUCUGUUUUGCUGCUAUGGAUUUUCUAGCAAAUGGCAAGUGCCAGGAUCCUGUCAUGUAGAUGGUUUGGCCUAAGGACAGUAAGAGAUUUGACUGACAGCCUGUCUCUCUGUUCCCUAGGUGAUGGAGCAGCUAGGAGACGCCAGGAUCGACAGACAGGAGAACAGCAGGCAGGCACGCAAAGCAGAGAUCAUGGACAGCAUCAAGAGACUGUAUCCCGGAUCUGUGGUAAGACCUGGAGGCUAGCAUAGGGUAACGACAGAGUUAAAUGAAGAGGCUAGGGGUCAGAGGCUAGCAUAGGUUAACGACAGAGUUGGCUGUAGAGGCUAGGGAUCAGAGCCUAGCAUAGGGUAACGACAGAGUUGGCUGUAGAGGCUAGGGGUCAGAGGCUAGCAUAGGGUAAUGACAGUUAGCUGUAGAGGCUAGGGGUCAGAGCCUAGCAUAGGGUAACGACAGAGUUGGCUGUAGAGGCUAGGGGUCAGAGGCUAGCAUAGGGUAACGACAGAGUUAGCUGUAGAGGCUAGGGAUAAGAGGCUAGCUAGAGCAAGCAUAGAUCAUGGAGAGGAUCAGGAGACUGCACACCGGAUCUGUGGUAGGAUCACUGGAGGCUAGCAGCUAGCAUAUAGUUACCACACAGUUCGCGGUAAAGGCUAGAGGCUACCAGACAAAGCAGAGAUCAUAGAGAGCAUGAAGAUACUCGACCCCAGGAUCUGUGGUAGGACUGGGGACUGGAUGCUAGCGCAGGACAACCACAGAGUUGGCUUUCUAUGCCGGUCAAUGUCAAUCAAUCACAUUUAUUUUAUAAAGCCCUUUUUAUAUCAGCAGUUGUCAGAAAGUGCUUAUACAGAUACCCAGCCUAAAACCCCAAAGAGCAGGCAAUGCAGAUGUAGAAGCACGGUGGCUAGGAAAAACAGGCCAGUACUCUGUGCCGGGUGGAGAUUAUAAGAGUACAUGGCCUUUUAGGCCAGAUUGUUCAAGAUGUUCAAACGUUCAUAGAUUACAAACAGGGUCAAAUGGUAAUCACAUUGGUUAUAGAGGGUGCAAUAGUUCAGGAUGGUCAGUUGGCUUUUCUUAGGCGAGAAUUCAGAGGUGGAGACAACAGGUCCAGUAGAGAGACAGGGUUGCUUUCUCUGUUUUACUCUCCUCACACCUGUUCGCUGUUGUGUUCUAGACAUGUUUCUUCUCUUGGAAUAUUGAUAAUAUAUGCCAUUUAGCAGACGCUUUUAUCCAAAGCGAUUUUACAGUCAUACAGUGAGGGGAAAAAAGUAUUUGAUCCCCUGCUGAUUUUGUAUGUUUGCCCACUGACAAAGACAUGAUCAGUCUAUAAUUUUAAUGGUAGGUUUAUUUGAACAGUGAGAGACAGAAUAACAACAAAAAAAUACAGAAAAACGCAUGUCAAAAAUUUUAGAAAUUGAUUUGCAUUUUAAGUAGGGAAAUAAGUAUUUGACUCCUCUGCAAAACAUGACUUAGUACUUGGUGGCAAAACCCUUGUUGGCAAUCACAGAGAUCAGACGUUUCUUGUAGUUGGCCACCAGGUUUGCACACAUCUCAGGAGGGAUUUUGUCCCGCUCCUCUUUGCAGAUCUUCUCCAAGUCAUUAAGGUUUCGAGGCUGACGUUUGGCAACUCGAACCUUCAGCUCCCUCCACAGAUUUUCUAUGGGAUUAAGGUCUGGAGACUGGCUAGGCCACUCCAGGACCUUAAUGUGCUCCUUCUUGAGCCACUCCUUUGUUGCCUUGGCCGUGUGUUUUGGGUCAUUGUCAUGCUGGAAUACCCAUCCACGACCCAUUUUCAAUGCCCUGGCUGAGGGAAGGAGGUUCUCACCCAAGAUUUGAUGGUACAUGGCCCCGUCCAUCGUCCCUUUGAUGCGGUGAAGUUGUCCUGUCCCCUUAGCAGAAAAACACCCCCAAAGCAUAAUGUUUCCACCUCCAUGUUUGACAGUGGGGAUGGUGUUCUUGGGGACAUAGGCAGCAUUCCUCCUCCUCCAAACACGGCGAGUUGAGUUGAUGCCAAAGAGCUCGAUUUUGGUCUCAUCUGACCACAACACUUUCACCCAGUUCUCCUCUGAAUCAUUGAGAUGUUCAUUGGCAAACUUCAGACGGCCCUGUAUAUGUGCUUUCUUCAGCAGGGGGACCUUGCGGGCGCUGCAGGAUUUCAGUCCUUCACGGCGUAGUGUGUUACCAAUUGUUUUCUUGGUGACUAUGGUCCCAGCUGCCUUGAAAUCAUUGACAAGAUCCUCCCGUGUAGUUCUGGGCUGAUUCCUCACCGUUCCCAUGAUCAUUGCAACUCCACGAGGUGAGAUCUUGCAUGGAGCCCCAGGCUCCCAGAUUGACAGUUCUUUUGUGUUUCUUCCAUUUGCGAAUAAUCGUACCAACUGUUGUCACCUUCUCACCAAGCUGCUUGGCGAUGGUCUUGUAGCCCAUUCCAGCCUCGUGUAGGUCAACAAUCUUGUCCCUGACAUCCUUGGAGAGCUCUUUGGUCUUGGCCAUGGUGGAGAGUUUGGAAUCUGAUUGAUUACUUCUAUGGACAGGUGUCUUUUAUACAGGUAACAAGCUGAGAUUAGGAGCACUCCCUUUAAGAGUGUGCUACUAAUCUCAGCUCGUUACCUGUAUAAAAGACACCUGGGAGCCAGAAAUCUUUCUGGUUGAGAGGGGGUCAAAUACUUAUUUCCCUCAUUAAAAUGCAAAUCAAUUUAUAACAUUUUUGACAUGCGUUUUUCUGAAUUAUUUUGUUGUUAUUCUGUCUCUCACUGUUCAAAUUAACCUACCAUUAAAAUUAUAGACUGAUCAUUUAUUUGUCAGUGGGCAAACGUACAAAAUCAGCAGGGGAUCAAAUACUUUUCCCCCUCACUGUACGUGCAUACAACCCUGGCAGUGCAAGCGCCAUGCUAUACUAACUGAGCCAUCAGAACAGUGAAGGAAUGGUGAAAUGGUUUUUCCAUAUUCCAACGCUCAUGUUCUCUCCCCACACGUUCCCUCCAGUACGGCCGUCUGAUCGACCUGUGUCAGCCCACUCAGAAGAAGUUUCAGAUCGCUGUGACCAAGGUGCUGGGCAAGAACAUGGACGCCAUUAUCGUGGACUCAGAGAAGACCGGUAGAGACUGUAUCCAGUACAUCAAAGAGCAGAGAGGAGAGCCGGAGACCUUCCUGCCCCUCGACUAUCUGGAGGUAGGAUGCUAAGAAUGGAUGGAUGGAUGGAUGGAUGGAUGAAUGAAUGAAUGAGUCUGCAUCCAGUACAUCAAGGAGCAGAGAGGAGAGCUGGAGACCUUCCUUCCCCUUGUCUAUCUGGAGGUUAAACACUGGGGAAAACUGUGGUUAAUGGGACUGGUCACACUGGUCAUUUACAUAGAGUAGAGUCCUAGCUUAAGAUGCACACACUUACCUCAACUAUUAAGUUAGAAUUUUUGGACUGAUUGUUUGGUUUACUGUUUCCUUGUGAAUUUUUUUUACAUGCAGCAGACCAGUCAGUAAAAAAAAAAGAAGUGCAUUUGACCUUCUCUAGGAACUUUCCCCCUGUAUAUGUGGCCCGGGACUCCACAGUGGCAGAGCGUCUAUGUGCGUGUGAACACCGACAGACCUGUAUCAGUCCAGUCAAAAUGUCUGUGGCUCUGUGGUUGUAUCAGUCUUAACUGUCCAGGUCUCUGUGUUGUAUCAGUCUUAACUGUCCAGGUCUCUGUGGUUGUAUUAGUCUUAACUGUCCAGGUCUCUGUGUUGUAUCAGUCUUAACUGUCCAGGUCUCUCUGUGGUUGUAUUAGUCUUAACUGUCCAGGUCUCUCUGUGGUUGUAUUAGUCUUAACUGUCCAGGUCUCUGUGUUGUAUCAGUCUUAACUGUCCAGGUCUCUGUGGUUGUAUUAGUCUUAACUGUCCAGGUCUCUGUGUUGUAUCAGUCUUAACUGUCCAGGUCUCUCUGUGGUUGUAUUAGUCUUAACUGUCCAGGUCUCUCUGUGGUUGUAUUAGUCUUAACUGUCCAGGUCUCUGUGGUUGUAUUAGUCUUAACUGUCCAGGUCUCUGUGUUGUAUCAGUCUUAACUGUCCAGGUCUCUGUGGUUGUAUUAGUCUUAACUGUCCAGGUCUCCGUGUUGUAUCAGUCUUAACUGUCCGUGUCUCUGUGGUUGUAUUAGUCUUAACUGUCCGUGUCUCUGUGUUGUAUCAGUCUUAACUGUCCGUGUCUCUCUGUGGUUGUAUCAGUCUUAACUGUCCGUGUCUCUGUGGUUGCAUCAGUCUUAACUGUCCAGGUCUCUGUGUUGUAUCAGUCUUAAUUGUCCGUGUCUGUCUGUGUUGUAUCAGUCUUAACUGUCCAGGUCUCUGUGUUGUAUCAGUCUUAACUGUCCGUGUCUCUGUGGUUGUAUUAGUCUUAACUGUCCGGGUCUCUGUGGUUGUAUUAGUCUUAACUGUCCAGGUCUCUGUGGUUGUAUCAGUCUUAACUGUCCGUGUCUCUCUGUGGUUGUAUCAGUCUUAACUGUCCGGGUCUCUGUGAUUGUAUCAGUCUUAACUGUCCAUGUCUCUCUGUGUUGUAUCCGUCUUAACUGUCCGGGUCUCUGUGUUGUAUCAGUCUUAACUGUCCGUGUCUCUGUGUUUUAUCAGUCUUAAUUGUCCAUGUCUCUCUGUGUUGUAUCAGUCUUAACUGUCCGUGUCUCUGUGAUUGUAUCAGUCUUAACUGUCCAUGUCUCUCUGUGUUGUAUCAGUCUUAACUGUCUGUGUCUCUGUGUUGUGUGUCUCCAGGUGAAGCCUACAGAUGAGAAGCUGCGUGAGCUGCGUGGAGCCAAGCUGGUGAUAGAUGUGAUCCGCUACGAGCCGCCUCACAUUAAGAAGGCCCUGCAGUACGCCUGUGGUAAUGCACUGGUCUGUGAGAACGUAGAGGACGCUCGACGCAUUGCCUUCGGAGGGCCCUACAGACACAAGGUACAAAUACAUGGACACACACCUUCACUGGUUGAUUGAAAGUUAUGCAACCUAACUACAUUUCUCUUUUUCUCUCUGUCCAUCCAUCUAUCCCUCUCGCGCUCUCUGUCUCUCUCUCCAUCCUCUCUCCCCCCCUCUCUCCAUCCUCUCUCCCCCUCUCUCUCCAUCCUCUCUCCCCCCUCUCUCUCCCCCUCUCCCCCCCCUCUCUCCAUCCUCUCUCCCCCCUCUCUCUCCAGACGGUGGCCCUGGAUGGUACUCUUUUCCAGAAGUCUGGUGUGAUCUCGGGUGGAGCCAGUGAUCUGAAGGCUAAGGCCAGGCGCUGGGAUGAGAAGGCUGUGGACAAACUCAAGGACAAGAAGGAGAAACUCACUGCGGAACUCAAGGUAACCUGUCUCUAAACUUUUUACAGGCCUGUACAAUGAAUGGGGGUUUGUGUAUAUGGUUUCUUUCCUGAAAAGCACAUGAAUCUGGGUGCUGAUAAGCCAGUGCUGGGCUUGUUUACCUUCCGUUCAUUGACUAUUGUGUAUGUGUGAUGUAUCUGUGCAAAAUAAAUACACUUUUGUAUCAGAAAUCUGUGGAGGGUGCUCACUACAUUAACCACGAUGCACCUCUCUCUCAUGUCUACAGGAGCAAAUGAAGGCUAAGAGGAAGGAGGCAGAGCUGCGUCAGGUCCAGUCUCAGGCCCACGGCCUCCAGAUGAGACUCAAAUACUCCCAGAGCGACCUGGAACAGACCAAGACACGACACCUCUCCCUCAACAUGCAGGUAUGGUGUACCAACACAGUGGGCCACAGCACAAAGUGCGUCAGUUUGUUUUGUAGCAGCCCUAGGUCAAGGGUCUGAACCUUGUGGCUCUGGACCAACAUGUGGCUCUAAGUGCCCAUUUGUGGUUCCAUGAUGACCUAUAAUUAGUAACCUCCUGUAGGAGAAGUCCAAGCUGGAGAGUGAGCUGGCUAACUUCUGCCCUCGCAUCAACGACAUCAAGAGGAUCAUCCAAUCCCGUGAGAAGGAGGUCAAUGAUCUGAGAGACCGUAUGAACGUUGUGGAAGAUGAGGUGUUCAUCGAGUUCUGUAAGGAGAUCGGAGUCAGGAACAUCAGAGAGUUCGAGGAGGAGAAGGUCAAGAGGCAGAAUGAGAUCGCCAAGAAACGGUGAGUCUCGUCAUCCUCUAUGGGUCAAUAUGAACCGAGUCAACCUGUUUUUAAAGCACUGCAGACGUCCAUUUUGUGACUCGCCUGUCUCUGUUUUUCUGGGUAGUUUGACCUAACAUCAGCCAUUUUGGGACUAGUCUGUCUCUGUUUCUCUGAGUGGGUUUACUUAGCUUGUGUCUGUCUUUGUGUCCUUUAGGCUGGAGUUUGAGACCCAGAAGACUUGUCUGGGCAUCCAGCUGGACUAUGAGAAGAACCAGCUGAAGGAGGACCAGGAAAAGGUCAUGAUGUGGGAGCAGACUGUCAAGAAGUACGAGGCCGAGAUAGAGAGACUCAAGAAGGUAAGACGAGGCUGAGAUACAGACUUGAGAAGGUAGAGACACUAUGGAAAUAUAUAGAGACUCAAGAAGGUAGAGGUAAUUGUAAACGGCUUCUAAACUACAGUGCCUUCAGAAAGUAUUCACAUCCCUUGACUUUUUCCACAUUUUGUUGUGUUACAGCCUGAAUUUAAAAUGGAUUAAAUCAAGAUUUUUUUGUCCGUGGCCUACACACAAUACCCCAUAAUGUCAAAUUAAUAAAAAAUGAAAAGCUGUAAUGUCUUGAGUCAAUAAGUAUUCAACCCCUUUGUUAUGGCAAGCCUAAAUAAGUUUAGGAGUAAAAAUUUGCUUAACAAGUUGCAUGGACACACUGUGUGCAAUAAUAAUGUUUAAAAUGAUUUUUGAAUGACUACCUCAUCUCUGUACCGCACACAUACAGUGCAUUCGGAAAGUAUUCAGACCCCUUGACUUUUUCCACAUUUUGUUACGUUACAGCCUUAUUCUAAAAUUGAUUAAAUUGUUUUUUUCCCUCAUCAAUCUACACACAAUACCCCAUAAUGACAUAGCAAAAACAGGUUUUUAGAAUGUUUAGCACAUUUAUUAAAAAUAAAAAACUGAAAUAUAUAACAUUUACAUAAGUAUUAAGACCCUUUACUCAGUACUUUGUUGAAUCACCUGUAUUUGUGGAGUUUCUCCCAUUCUUCUCAGCAGAUCCUCUCAAGCUGUGUCAGGUUGGAUGGGGAGUGUCGCUGCACAGCUAUUUUCAGGUCUCUCCAGAGAUGUUCGAUCGGGUUCAAGUCCGGGCUCUGGCUGGGCCACUCAAGGACAUUCAGAGACUUGUCCCGAAGCCACUCCUGCGUUGUCUUGGCUGUGUGCUUAGGGUCGUUGUCCUGUUGGAAGGUGAACCUUUGCCCCAGUCUGCAGUCCUGAGCACUCUGGAGCAGGUUUUCAUCAAGGAUCUCUCUGUACUGUGCUCUGUUCAUCUUUCCCUCAAUCAUGUCUAGUCUUCCAGUCCCUGCCGCUGAAAAACAUCCCCACAGCAUGAUGCUGCCACCACCAUUCUUCACCGUAGGGAUGGUGCCAGGUUUCCUCCAGACGUGAUGCUUGGCAUUCAGGCCAAAUAGUUCAAUCUUGGUUUCAUCAGACCAGAGAAUCUUGUUUUUCAUGGUCUGAGGGCCCUUUAGGUGCCCUUUGGUAAACUCCAAGUGGGCUGUCAUGUGGCUAAUACUGAGGAGUGGCUUCCGUCUUGCCAGUCUACCAUAAAGGCCUGAUUGAUGGAGUGCUGCAGAGAUGGUUGUCCUUCUGAAAGGUUCUCCCAUCUCCACAGAGGAACUCUGGAGCUCUGUCAGUGACCAUCAGGUUCUUGGUCACCUCCCUGACCAAGGCCCUUCUCCCCCAAUUGCUCAGUUUGACCAGGCGGCCAGCUCUGGCAUGCACUGUCAACUGUGGGACCUUAUAUAUACAGGUGUGUGCCUUUCCAAAUCAUGUCCAAUCAAUUGAAUUUACCUAGAAACAUCUCAAGGAUGAUCAAUGGAAACAGGAUGCAUCCGAGCUCAAUUUCAAGUCUCAUAGCAAAGGGUCUGAAUACUUACGUAAAUAAGGUAUUUAUGUUUUUUAUGUUUUAUACAUUUACAAAAAUGUCUAAACCUGUUUUCGCUUGGUGAUUAUGGGAUAUUGUGUGUAGAUUGAUGAGGAAUUUUGUUUUAUUUAAUCCAUUUUAGAAUAAGGCUGUAACGUAACAAAAUUUGGAAAAAGGGAAGGGGUCUGAAUACUUUCCGAAUGCACUGUACAAGUAUCUGUAAGGAGUGGACCCUCAGUCGAGCAGUGGAUUUCAAACACAGAUUAAACCACAAAGACCAGAGAGGUUUUCCAAUGCCUCGCAAAGAACGGCACCUAUUGGUAGAUGGGUAAAAAUAAAGCAGACACUGAAUAUACCUUUGAGCAUGGUGAAGUUAUUAAUUACACUUUGGAUGGUGAAUCAAUACACCCAGUCACUACAGAUACAGGCGUCCUUCCUAACUCAGUUGCCGGAGAGGAAGGAAACCUCUCAGGGAUUUCACCAUGAGGCCAAUGGUAACUUUAAAACCAUUGGAGUUUAAUGGCUGUGAUAGGAGAAAACUGAGGAUGGAUCAACAUUGUAGUUACUCCACAAUACUAACCUAAAUGACAGAGUGAAAAGAAGGAAGCCUGUACAGAAUCAACAUUUUCCAAAACAUGCAUCCUGUUUGCAAUAAGGCGCUAAAUUCUCAGACCGAUGGCGUCAAUCAAAUGUGUAAUUUCUUUCUUUGUUGAUCAGAUUGGAAGGGUUGGUUUUUAACUAUUUUUCUCCCUGUCUUUCCUAGGAGGAGCACCGCCACAUGAAGAUCAUAGAUGAGACCAUGGCCCAGCUGCAGGACCUGAAGAACCAGCACCUCACCAAGAAGUCAGAGGUCAACGACAAGAACCACCAGAUGGAGGAGAUACGUAAGAAACUGGGAGGAGCCAAUAAGUGAGUCUCAGACCUUAGUCACGCCCACGCAAUCCAAAACCCUCAUUCUCUUUUUUUUUCUAAAAGGCGCAUAUUUUUUGACUUACUACAUUGCUUUAUUUAUGUGUUUCUAAGAAAAAAUAACAUUUGUAGCAUUGACAUUUUGUUUCAGUGUUUGACAACUGUGUGUGCUUGUGUUUACCUCAGCGAACUGACUCCGAAAGAUGGCUAGUAGUUUGUAGCAUUGUAGUUUGCGGCAGUAUUGUUUGACCAAUGUGUAUUAUUCCCUCAGGGAGCUGACCCAGCUGCAGAAAGAGGUGACGGCCAUUGAAACCAAGCUGGAGCAGAAACGCAGCGACCGCCACAACCUGCUGCAGGCCUGUAAGAUGCAGGACAUCAGACUGCCGCUACGUUCUGGGACCAUGGACGACAUCGGCCAGGGAGAGGUACUAAACACACUUUCUUUUUCUCGCUCUCUCACACUCUCUCGCACCUUUCUUUCUUUCUUUCUUUCUUUCUUUCUUUCUUUCUUUCUUUCUUUCUUUUUCUUUCUUUCUUUCUUUCUUUCUUUCUUUCUUUCUUUCUUUCUUUCUCUCGCUCCUUCUCACCGACCUGACUCGACCGACCUGACUGCCUCACUUUGUUCUCUCUCUCUCCCUCUAGGGGAGCUCCCAGCAGGAUGAGUCUAAUAGCAGUCAGAGAACGUCCAGUACUGUCCUGGCUAAAGAGGCUCUCAUAGAGAUCGACUACAGCAACCUGUCUGAAGACCUCAAGGUAAGAAGUACACACAUGCCUGAACCCUGCACACUAAGGCUGUGUCUGGGAGUGUGCAAGUUGGGAGAUGUUUGGAGAAAUGGGACGGAGUUUCUCUCUCCCCAUAGAAUCAGACUCUGUAUCUGUGUGUAGCUGUUUCAAUCAUGAUUCAAUACCCAGCAAUAGGGUUGUUUUUAGGCGAGUUUGAAAUAGUGUGAGACGAGGAUUUGAGUCACCUAUUUUGUUUGUGUGUGUGUUUGCUCUCUCUCAGGACGCGCUGGUGGAGGAUGAGAUCAAGGCAGAGAUGCACACACUGCAGCAGCGUCUCAACGAACAGCAGUCCAUACUGCAGAGGAUCAGUGCACCCAACAUGAAGGCCAUGGAGAAACUAGAGUCUGUCAGGGACAAGUUCCAGGAGACCAGCGACGGUAAGAGGGAGAGGAGGAGGGCAGGGUUUAGUUGGAAGGUGUGGAACCCAACAUGAAGGCCAUGGAGAAACUAGAAUCUGUCAGGGACAGAGGAGGACGGGGCGGGGGAGGAAUUGAGAAAGGUAGAACCCAGGCUUACACUUGAGUCUGGAGGCAUGGGCUAACUUAAUCGCUCUCUUUCUCACUGAAUGUAUACAAUGUUACUGAAACAAGAAAGAUUGUAUCAUUAUUGCAUAAUGUGUUCAUGAUGCUGUAUUCUGUAUUCUAGAGUUUGAGGCGGCCCGUAAGAGAGCCAAGAAGGCCAAGCAGGCGUUUGAGCAGAUCAAGAAGGAGAGGUUUGACCGCUUCAAUGCCUGUUUUGAGGCUGUAUCCACCAACAUCGAUGAGAUCUACAAAGCCCUGUCACGCAACAGCUCUGCCCAGGUAUCACUCUUUGUGACCAGAUAGCACAUUGUUUUGCCCUAUUAGGUUGAGUCGAAUGGAGUGUCCUUGGCAGGGACUGACUUUUACAUGGUUAACUGUAAAUGUAAAUGUAACUUAUUCAAAAUAAUGUUAAAAAAUAGGGACUAAAAGUUAUGCUUUCAGUCUAAAGAAAUAAAACCAUCAGCUUUUAAUUGUGAGCGAGACAACUAACUUUUUUUCUUGGAUGUUGUGAUAUUUGGCUGCACCUCUGUGUACAUAUUGGUUAAAUUGCUGUCUACCCCCCCAGGCCUUCCUUGGGCCAGAGAACCCUGAGGAGCCUUACCUGGAUGGGAUCAACUAUAACUGUGUUGCCCCUGGAAAGAGGUUCAGACCCAUGGACAACCUCUCUGGAGGGGAGAAGACUGUUGCCGCCCUGGCUCUGCUGUUCGCCAUACACAGCUACAAGCCUGCCCCAUUCUUCGUCCUGGAUGAGAUUGAUGCUGCACUGGACAACACCAACAUUGGCAAGGUCUGUGUCUAAAACCCUGUUGCAUAAACUACAAUUAUUAAUCUUGUAAAAUGUCCAUAUGUGUUUACUAUUUAAUUGUUAUUUAACUCCUAUGUCUGAGUCUAAAAUGGCACCCUAUUCUUAAGGUGCAUGCACUAAUUACAGUGCCUUGCGAAAGUAUUCAUCCCCCUUGGCGUUUUUCCUAUUUUGUUGCAUUACAACCUGUCAUUUAAAUGGAUUUUCAUUUGGAUUUCAUGUAAUGGACAUACACAAAAUAGUCCAAAUUGGUGAAGUGAAAUGAAAAAAGUAACUUGUUUCAAAAAAUUCUAAAAAAAUAAAUAACGGAAAAGUGGUGCGCGCAUAUGUAUUCACCCCCUUUGCUAUGAAGCCCCUAAAUAAGAUCUGGUGCAACCAAUUACCUUCAGAAGUCACAUAAUUAGUUAAAUAAAGUCCACCUGUGUGCAAUCUAAGUGUCACAUGAUCUGUCACAUGAUCUCAGUAUAUAUACACCUGUUCUGAAAGUCUGCAGCACCACUAAGCAAGGUGCACCACCAAGCAAGCGGCACCAUGAAGACCAAGGAGCUCUCCAAACAGGUCAGGGACAAAGUUGUGGAGAAGUACAGAUCAGGGUUGGGUUAUAAAAAAAUAUCAGCAACUUUGAACAUCCUACCAUUUAAAUCCAUUAUUAAAAAUGGAAAGAAUAUGGCACCACAACAAACCUGCCAAGAGAGGGCUGCCCACCAAAACUCACGGACCAGGCAAGGUGGGCAUUAAUCAGAGCGGCAACAAAAAGACCAAAGAUAACCCUGAAGGAGCUGCAAAGCUCCACAGCGGAGAUUGUAGUAUCUGUCCAUAGGACCACUUUAAGCCGUUCACUCUACAGAGCUGGGCUUUACGGAAGAGUGGCCAGAAAAAAAAGCCAUUGCUUAAAGAAAAAAAUAAGGAAACACGUUUGAUAUUCGCCAAAAGGCAUGUGGGAGAUUCCUUAAACAUAUGGAAGAAGAUACUAUGGUCAGAUCAGUCUAAAAUUGAGAUUUUUGGCCAUCAAGGAAAACGCAAUGUCUGGCGCAAACCCAACACCUCUCAACUGAAACUGGUCAGAAUUGAAGGAAUGACGGAUGGCGCUAAAUACAGGGAAAUUCUUGAGGGAAACCUGUUUCAGUCUUCCAGAGAUUUGAGACUGGGAUUGAGGUUCACCUUCCAGUAGGACAAUGACCCUAAGCAUACUGCUAAAGCAACACUUGAGUGGUUUAAGGGGAAACAUUUAAAUGUCUUGGAAUGGCCUAGUCAAAGCCCAGACCUCAAUCCAAUUGAGAAUGUGUGGUAUGACUUAAAGAUUGUUGUACACCAGCGGAACCCAUCCAACUUGAAGGAGCUGGAGCAGUUUUGCCUUGAAGAAUGGGCACAAAUCCCAGUGGCUAGAUGUGCCAAGCUUAUAGAGACAUACCCCAAGAGACUUGCAGCUGUAAUUGCUGCAAAAGGUGGCUCUACAAAGUAUUGACUUUGGGGGGGGGUGAAUAUUUAUGCACACUCCAGUUUUCUAUUUUUUUUGUCUUAUUUCUUGUUUGUUUCACAAUAAAAACAAAAAAUUUGCGAUUUCAAAGUGGUAGGCGUGUUGUGUAAAUCAAAUGAUACAAACCCCCAAAAAGUCCAUUUUAAUUCCAGGUUGUAAGGCAACAAAAUAGGAAAAAUGCCAAGGGGGGUGAAUACUUUCGCAAGCCACUGUAACUGCACUAAGCAUACCAAACAUUAGGAACACCUUCCUAAUAUUGAUUUGCACCCCCCCCCCCCCCCCCGUCGGGGCAUGGACUACAAGGUGUCGAAUGCGUUCCACAGGAAUGCUGGCCCAUGUUGACUAAUGCGUCCCACAGUUGUAUCAAAUUGGCAGCGUUGCAGUUCUUGACACCAACCGGUGCGCCUAGCACCUACUACCAUACCCCGUUCAAAGGCACUUAAUUAUUUGUCUUGCCCAUUCACCCUCUGAAUGGCACACAUACACAAUCCAUGUCUCAAUUGUCAAGGCUUAAAAAUCCUUCUUUAACCUGUCUCCUCCCCUUCAUCUACACUGAUUGAAGUGGAUUUAACAAGUGACAUCAAUAAGUGAUCAUAGCUUUCACCUGGACUCAUCUGGUCAGUUUGUCAUGGAAUGAGCAGGUGUUCUUAAUGUUUUGUACACUCAGUGUAUAUAGGGGAUAGGUUGGAAAUAGGGUGUCAUUUCAGACGCACCUCAUGUUAUUGUCAUGUCUAAUGUGUUGUGCAUCCAUAUUUUGUAGGUGGCCAACUACAUCACUUAUGUAAUUACCAUGCUAUUAUGUCUAAUGUUGUCUAUCUAUACAGGUGAACAGAGGAAUAUAUUUAGAGUGUUGGGCCAACUUUAAGAAUGGAUGCAAUGUUGGCGCCUUCGAGCGUUCCAUUCAUGACGAGAAUUUUGAAUAUUGUACUUAUCAUUGUUAAAAAUUCAGUGAACUGCUAUUGGUCAAUAUUGCCCAUGGGGAGCUAACAUGGAUGCCAUGGAAUGUAGGUUAUGUAAAUGCAUCAUCAUUUUAGAGAAAAACUCAACAUACUAACUCUCUUAAUAUAUGUCUCUGCAGGUGGCCAACUACAUUAAGGGCCAGUCAGUGAACACUCAGGCUAUAGUGAUCUCUCUGAAGGAAGAGUUCUACACCAAGGCUGACUCGCUCAUCGGGGUCUAUCCAGAGGUAUGAACACACACGGACACAACAAAGCACACACACGAGCACCGCAUACACAUAAGAUGCAACACACCUAUCCAUAAAUCAUUUUUAAUGCUUUCACAUAAAAACAUUACUUUCCCUUUUCGAGAAUAAAAUGUAGCUAUGUGUGUUAGCUGUUUUCUAUGAAAUAAGGGCAAAACUGACAGCACCACUCUUUCCCCCCCCACAGCAAGGAGAUUGCGUAAUCAGCAAAGUACUAACCUUUGACCUGUCUGUGUACCCUGACGCCAACCCCAAUGAGUAGAACCCCCAACGAGUAGAACCCAACCUCAACGAGCAAGACAUCACUCGGAAGAGAGGAGCGAAAUUAAACGACAGGCAUACCUUUUUAACUCAUUUAACCAUGGUCGUAUUCCUUAGGGCAGGCAACUGAAAACCAUUGAAAACAUUUUGCAACUGACAAUGGAAAUGAAUGUCCAGCUAGUCCCUCCCUGUUUCUGCCCAUUUUCUUCCUCUU